AUGCCCUACUAUCGUGAUGACGAUGACACCGAAUGUGGUCUCGGCUGCUUUGGUAGCAUCCGAGAAGUAUUCAUGAAUCGAAAUCGUGGAUUGGAAAGGCUUCCUCCCCUUGGCACAAAUCACCUUUUUGGCUCUUCCCAGCCCACUCCCCCAGCCUUCAAGAGCAUCACCGCAAUAAUAUCACCAUACCACAUGGGAGUUCGCGGCAAAGAAGUUGCCUCCGGUCCCGAUGCACUGCUUGACGCUGGUAUCCUCAACGCCUUGCGCCAGCUGGGCCUCGUUGUCUACGAAAUCGUUCUUGAGCCCGUUGACGAGUUCGAGGGCGAGAUUGGUAGAAGCUUUGAGCUCCACCGAAGAAUAUCCAAGGCUGUUACUCGGGCAGUCGAGAGCAACUCGUUCCCACUCAUCCUCUCUGGGAAUAGCAGUUCCACUGUCGGUGUCAUGGCGGGCAUCGCCAACUCGCGGCUGUAUCGCGACGCCGAGCUUCCUGGGUGUCUCUGGUUCGAUGCCCAUGAUGACUACAACACUCCCGACACCAUUCUCAGCUGCUACUUGGAUGCUAUGGGUAUUGCUAUGCUGGAGGGAGAGGCCUGGAAGGCACUUCUGGAGACCAUUCCUGGCUUCAGACCGCUGAAUCUGAAGCGAAAGCUGAUCCACUGCGGCAUGCGCGACGUCACUGAGGAGCAGAGAGACCGUGUCGUUCACGCUGGAUUCCCCAUUGUAUGGGGAAGUUCAGAAGAAAAGGUGAACUUCAAAGACGAGCUCCAAUCGCUGCUGACCCAGAAGGGCGCCUCUCCCAGAGUGGUCCAUCUCGACCUGGACUGUCUCGACAUCUCUGUUGGCAUCGCCAACAAGUAUGCCGCACCCGGUGGCUUGUCUAAGCAAGAUCUCGUGGGAUGUAUGGAUAUGGUGCCGGCAAGGUCUUGGCCUCUGUCACUCACGAUUGCAUCUUAUGAUCCUUUGUGCGAUGUUGAGGGCAAGAUACCCCCGGUGGCUGUUGUCAGUGUUGUAACAUUUUUUAAGAGUCUCAUGAAGUUCGGCGUGCUGGCUCUAAAGGUUGGGUAA